AUGGUUGAUACUGAAAUAAGAACAGCUUAUGUUUACAAGGCAAAGUUAGCUGAACAGUCUUUAAGGUUCGAUGAUGUUUUGAGUGCUAUGAUGUUUGUAUCAGAGAUGAAUCAAUCGCUUACAUAUGAAGAAAGGAAUUUACUUUCAACGUCUUAUAAAAAAUCUAUCGAGACACGCUUAUUCUCAUAUAAAGUAGUGCAACAAGUUGAGGAUACUGAACAUGGUGAAUUUUUAGACAUUGCUAAGGAUUACCGUGAAUCAUACAGGUAUAUUGCCGAAAUCAAAGAUAAGAAUAAAACGGAAACAAUUGAAUUGGCCAUAGUAUCCUACGCGGAUGCAAUAGACAUUGCUCGAACUGCUCUAACCGGAAUGAAUCUAAUUCGACUGGAACUGGCAUUAAGUUAUUCUAUGUUUUACCAUGAUAUCAUGAAUGAUAUUGACCGUGCUAUUGAAAUUGCAAGCUCUGAGUUUCAUUGUGCAAUUGUGGAGUUAGACGGUACCGAACAUGAUACAAUUGAUGCAAUUUUUCAGCUUAUAAGAGUACUUAAAGACAAAAUAGAUUUAUGGACUGAAGAAAAUAACGCCGAUAGUCGAUAA